UAUUAACAUAACUAACCUUUGAGCUAAUAAAUAAUACAAGUUUCUGAUUGCCGUGAAAGUUUAAAGUUAGGACAGCUUCGAAAAACAAACACAAUAGGUGACCCCUUGCAGGCAAAUUAGCUGCAAGGCAACAAAAGUUACUCAACCAGGAAAAGCCAUCCCUAAUACUGUUAUAAUUUCCCGGCGAUUCAAACAUUAAUUAGUAAUAAGGACCCCAAAUAGAAUCCACCCCGAAACCCUCACGUAGCACCAGUCACGACAAACUUAUUGCACUGCUGCACCAGUUUAGCUUUAUGGAAUCCUCCAGCAAUCUGUGUCAAAGAACCCGGUUCGUAAGCCACUCCUUCUCCGCCGCCUUCUCCUUGGAUAGAGGACUCCAGGAGGUAACCUCAAAAUGUGUAGGGAAAGGAGCUGGGAAAGCCAAAGAAGCACACCUUGAAUGUCUUCCGGUAGUCGCUAGAAAAAAACAACAAAGGGGGAGAAACUUCUUGAACAACUUUGUGGCAACUGCGCAUGGAUUUGGUUUUGUUGUGGUUUUUAGCUUUGUUAACUUUGGUCGCAUUGCUAUGACAUUGGCCAGUGGGGUGGAGUCGACCUGGGACAUGGGGCCAGGUCUGCUCCAGCGAUUCCCCCAUUCGGUGCUCGGUUGUCAGACAAAACAUACGUCCGCUCAAGCGGUCUACCCAUUCAAAUAUUUAUUGAUCGACAGGCUAAGCAGAGUAUUUGGCGCAUGUGGCAAAUACGUGAAAUAUUAGCCAGAUGGGUGCCUAGACCACAAGGUAGCAGCAAAAUGGAUCGCUACGAGAAGCUCAGUCGGCUGGGCGAGGGCUCCUACGGCGUGGUCUACAAGUGUCGGGAUCGGGAGACGGGUGCUCUGGUGGCGGUGAAGCGGUUUGUGGAGUCCGAGGACGAUCCAGCGAUUCGAAAAAUUGCACUGAGAGAAAUUAGGCUACUAAAGAACCUGAAGCAUCCGAACCUUGUCUCCCUGCUAGAAGUGUUCCGACGGAAGCGGCGCCUCCACCUGGUCUUCGAGUUCUGCGAGCUGACCGUGCUGCACGAACUGGAGCGCCAUCCACAGGGCUGUCCGGAGCACCUGACCAAACAGAUCUGCUACCAGACGCUGCUGGGCGUGGCCUACUGCCACAAGCAGGGCUGCCUGCACCGCGACAUCAAGCCGGAGAACAUCCUGCUCACCGCACAGGGACAGGUGAAGCUGUGCGACUUCGGCUUCGCCCGCAUGCUCAGUCCGGGUGAGAACUACACGGACUACGUGGCCACCAGGUGGUACCGGGCGCCGGAGCUGCUGGUGGGCGACACUCAGUACGGCACACCCGUGGACGUCUGGGCCAUCGGUUGCCUCUUCGCCGAGCUGGUGCGUGGCGAGGCCCUCUGGCCAGGACGCAGUGACGUGGACCAGCUCUACCUGAUCCGCAAGACGCUCGGCGACCUGCUGCCGCGCCACAUCCAGAUCUUCGGGCAGAAUGAGUACUUCAAGGGCAUCACGCUGCCAGUGCCGCCCACGCUGGAGCCGCUGGAGGACAAGAUGCCGGCCAAGUCGCAGCAGAACCCGCUGACCAUUGACUUUCUCAAGAAGUGCCUGGACAAGGACCCAACCAAGCGCUGGUCCUGCGAGAAGCUCACAAAGCACUCCUACUUCGACGACUACAUCGCCAAGCAGCGGGAGCUGGAGCACGUCAACAGCCUGGAGGCGGCCAAUCUCCGCCAGCAGCAGCUCGCCUCCCAGCAGUUCAUGCUGGCCACCGCGGCCCAGCAGCUCCAAACUGGUCCUGCCCAGGCGGCGGCCAUCGCCGCGGCCCGGGAUAAAUCAAAGACUUCAAACACAUCACUACCGCUGCUGCCAAGCACGCAGCAUCAUCACCACCCGCAUCAAGAUUACGUGAAGCUGCAGCCGCUGAACAAGAAUGCAAACCUGCUCCAUCGCACCGAGCAUCAUCUGCCCACAAUUUGAGUUUGUGCACGGAUUAUAACGAAGUAAUGUCCUUGAGCGAAAAUUGAGACCGAAAUUUAACUUAUUUACUGCUGGGAAUAAAUGUGUAAAAGUA